GGUUAUGCAAUGGGAAAUCCAGGAACAGAUUUAUUUAUCGAUUUCAAUUCAAGAAUUCCCACAGCCAAUCGAUUGGGUCUCGUAUCAGAUGAACAUUUUGAGGCAGCAAAUAUUAGUUGCAAUGGCACGUUUUUUCCUCCUCCAACAAAUAAAGAAUGUGUCGAAGCUAUUAGCGCUAUUAACGAGUUGCUCUGCCAUAUAAAUCCAACCCAAAUUUUAGAUCCUAUCUGUAGAAGUGAAUGUGCGACUUCGACCCAAACCCGUCUUGAAUCCGAGUUUAUAUACUCUUUAAUAGAACUUCCGAAUGCUGAUUACAAACAAUGCAGUAAAUAUCGCCAAUCUAUUACUGAAAUAUGGGCAAAUGACAUAGAUGUCCAAGAAGCUCUUCAUGUUCAACAGGGGUCAGUAAGUUCUUGGUCAUACUGUAAUGACACAUUGAACAGUGUUUAUGUCCAUGACAUCUCAAGUGUUCUUGCUUAUCAUCAAAAUUUUACCAAGUCUGAUCUUCGAGGUUUGAUAUACAGUGGAGAUCAUGACACUGGAAUUCCAUACAUUGGAACACAACAAUGGAUAAAGUCUCUCAAUUUGCCUUUGGUAGAGGCCUGGAGAGCAUGGACAGUCAAUAAUGAAACUGCUGGAUACACAAGGCAAUUUGUGAAUGGAAAUUUCAGCUUGACCUAUGCAACUGUAAAGGGAGCUGGCCAUUUUGCUGCAGAAUUUAAAGCUGAGUGUUCUGCAAUGGUUGCUAGAUGGAUGGCUUAUGAACCUCUCUAAUUUUUUUUUUUUUUUUUGGAACCUCUCUAAUGGUUUAUGCAUUUGAUAAUCCUCACAUUAAAAAUUUAUAAUAAAAUGAGGAUUUUUAUUAAGCGUUUA